CAGGAGCAGUCAAACGAUUAGGAAUCUCCAUGAGGCAGACAGAAGAUGGUGCGGCUGUUGCUGUUGCUGCUGUUCUUAUCUUUAAGAAAAGGUUCAGAGAUGUCACCUUCUCUGCGGAUGGCUGCAAUUCUUGAUGAUCAGAUGGAGUGCAGUAGAGGGGAACGACUGGCAAUCACUCUAGCAAAGAACCAUAUCAAUCGCCUGCUGGAACUGUCUGACAACCCAAAACUAGAAAUUGAUAUUUUUGAGCUGCUGCGAGAUAGUGAAUAUGAAACAGCAGAAACCACUUGUCAGAUUCUUCCAAAGGGGGUUGUUGCAAUCCUUGGUCCUUCUUCUAGUCCAGCCUCUGCUUCUAUUAUCAGCCAUAUCUGUGGCGAGAAGGAGGUCCCUCAUGUGAAGGUUGCUGCUGAAGAAAUUCCUAAAUGGCAAUAUUUGAGGUUCACAGCAUUGAAUCUCCAUCCAAGUAACACGGACAUCAGUCAUGCUGUCACCAGCAUUCUCACCUUCUUCAACAGGAGUGUGGCGUGCCUGAUCUGUGCCAAAGCUGAAUGUCUUUUGAAUCUGGAGAAAUUGUUGCGACAGUUUCUUAUUUCCAAAGAUACGCUUUCGAUCCGAAUGCUGGACAGUAGCCAGGACUCCACACCACUCCUCAAGGAGAUUCGAGAUGACAAAAUUGUAACAAUAAUUAUUGAUGCAAGUGCUUUAGUCUCCCGUUCCAUCCUAAAGAAGGCAGUGGAGCUUGGCAUGACUUCUGUGUCCUAUAAAUACAUCUUCACAUCCCUGGAGUUUCCUCUUCUCCAACUGGAUGAGCUGAUUGAAGAUCACAUGAACAUUCUGGGAUUUUCCAUCACCGACUCAAACCAUUUGCACUUCAGUGACUUUGUGUACAAUCUGAACAGAUCCUGGCAGGAAAACUGUGCUCAUGCAGCAUACCCUGGGCCAGCACUCUCCUCGGCACUGCUCUUUGAUGCUGUCCAUGUUGUGGUCACUGCUGUCCAUCAGCUCAAUCGUAGUCAGGAGAUUGCCAUCAGAUCACUAUCUUGUGGCUCUGCACAGAUUUGGCAACAUGGGACCAGCCUGAUGAACUAUCUGCGAAUGGUAGAGUUAGAAGGUCUAACAGGACACAUUGAAUUCAGCAGUAAAGGACAGCGAGUUAAUUAUGUUCUGAAGAUUGUGCAGCAUAGCAAAGAAGGACUCAGAGAGAUUGGUGUCUGGCACUCAGAGAAUGGAUUAGUGAUGGACAGAAGGUUUUAUUCUCUAAAUAUUUCUGAGAGUUUAUUCAAUAAAACGUUGAUAGUUACAACAAUCCUGGAAAAUCCAUAUGUGAUGCUGAAAUUAAACCAUCAGCAGCUAGAAGGAAAUGAACGAUAUGAAGGAUUCUGUGUAGAAAUGCUGCAGGAACUGUCGAAUCUCCUCCGAUUUAAAUACAAAAUCCAACUGGUUGCUGAUGGUGUGUACGGGGUUGCUGAGCCCAAUGGCACUUGGACAGGAAUGAUUGGUGAGCUGGUUACAAGAAAAGCUGACCUGGCUGUGGCUGGCCUGACUAUCACAGCUGAACGAGAGAAGGUCAUUGACUUCUCCAAACCUUUUAUGACUUUAGGAAUUAGUAUCCUCUAUCGCGUUCACAUGAGCAGGAAACCUGGUUACUUUUCCUUCUUGGACCCCUUCUCUCCUGGAGUGUGGCUUUUCAUGGUGCUUGCCUACCUUGCAGUUAGUUGUGUUCUCUUCCUUAUAGCCAGAUUGACUCCAUAUGAAUGGUACAUGCCUCAUUCUUGCCUCAAAGGAAAGUGUAAUAUGUUGGUCAAUCAGUAUUCACUCGGAAAUAGCUUAUGGUUUCCAGUGGGUGGCUUCAUGCAGCAAGGAUCAGAAAUUAUGCCUCGUGCUCUUUCGACCCGCUGUGUUACUGGAGUUUGGUGGGCUUUCACACUGAUAAUCAUCUCAUCAUACACAGCCAACCUGGCCGCUUUCCUGACUGUCCAACGAAUGGAUGUACCAAUAGAAUCCGUUGAUGAUCUUGCUGACCAAACAAACAUUGGAUAUGGGACAAUUCAAGGAGGAUCAACCAUGACUUUCUUUCAGAACUCUCGAUACCAGACAUACCAGAGAAUGUGGAACUACAUGCACUCCAAACAACCCAGUGUCUUUGUGAAAAGCACAGACGAAGGAAUUGCUCGUGUUUUAAAGUCUAACUACGCCUUUUUGUUAGAAUCCACCAUGAAUGAGUACCAUAGGCAACGGAGCUGUAACCUUACACAGAUCGGCAGCCUCCUGGACACUAAAGGCUAUGGCAUCGGCCUGCCCAUCGGUUCUGUUUUCAGGAAUGAGUUUGAUUUGGCAAUUCUUCAACUUCAAGAAAACAACCGUCUAGAAAUUUUAAAACGAAAAUGGUGGGAAGGUGGAAAAUGCCCAAAGGAGGGAGAUCAUGGAGCUAAAGGACUAGGAAUGGAAAAUAUUGGGGGAAUAUUUGUGGUGCUGAUCUGCGGCCUCUUUGUUGCUAUUGUUAUUGCAGUAGUUGAAUUUAUCUGGAAAAUGAGACAAUCCACAGAAACUGAGAUUUCUGUGUGUCAGGAGAUGCUAAGGGAAGUGCGAAGUAUUGUAUUGUGCCAGGAGAGCUUCCAGGCUCGGCGAAAGCGACGGUUCAUACGGACACGUCCCAGUAACACUGAACCUCCACUUACUGGAAACAGCAGAGCCCUGAGCAAUGGGAAGCUGUAUGCUGGACAUUUGACUGACUCCAUCUCCCAGCACUUGGCACACAGUGCUGCCAUGACAGUCAGACGCUGUACUCACAUUCGUGUCUGUCCUGAAUGUCGUCGAUUUCAGGGUUUGAGACCCAGACCCAUGGGGUCCCCAUUACAGAGUGAAGACAGUCUAGAAUGGGAAAAAGAGACUACAAAUAGUAGCGAGCAGGAGUAAUACAGUAAAGGCAACAAAGAAAUAUCUGCUCAGCUCCUGGGAUAUGCCUGCCUUUGCUCAGAAGGAGAAAUGUCUUCAUACUUUAGGAAGGGCAAGAUUUCAUUGAAAGUCUGCGUGCUAGAUUUGUGUUACUUCAAUUUAUAGUAAAAGAUAACAACUAUGCACUGUGUGACAUCGCAACAGGAAGCAGCAGAGCUGGUAUAAAAAAAACAAGUGCCAAAUCGUACCUUCCAUUCUUAGCAAAGUCUCAAACUGCAAACCCUGCCAAAAACAUACACUAAAACCGGAGGAUUGGGUGUCAAGUAAACCAAUGAGAGAGAACUAAAUACUGUAUCAUUAAACAUUUCUCAAUACCAGACAUCUUGUUCCUUUUAUAUGUGGCACAGAGUUCCGAGCAACAAUCUUAGCUCAGCCAACCUGUGCUAUAUAGGAGCUCAGAUUUUGAAUUUAUAAUAAUUACUCUAUGCAAUUUCUGUGUUACAAAGAUCUAUGGAUUAAA